AUGCCGAGUUAUGCCAAGUUCAUGAAGGACUUGGUGACAAAGAAAAGAUCAAUGAUUUGUGACACCAUCAAGAUUACACAUCAAGUAAGUGCUAUUGUGAACUCAAUGGCUUCAAAAUUGGAAGAUCUGGGCGCUUUCACAAUCCCUUGCACUAUUGGGAGCGCCGAUUUUGCCAAAGUUUUAUGUGAUCUAGGGGUGAGUAUCAACUUGAUGCCCUACUAUGUGUUCAAAACUUUAAGUAUUGGUAAACCAAGACCCACAUCCAUGAGGUUGAAAAUGGUGGAUCGUAUAAUGAAGAGACCUUUGGGUAUUAUCGAUGAUGUGUUGGUUCGUGUUAAUAAGUUCAUCCCCCCGGCGGAUUUUGUGAUUCUUGAUUGCGAAGUUGACUAUGAGGUGCUUAAUAUUUUGGGUAUACCAUUCCUUGCUACGGGGAAGGCUCUUGUUGAUGUGUAUGCCAGUGAGCUAACCUUCCGGGUAGAGUCCACAUUGGAGGUGCUACAAAGGAGGAAAAGAGCAACCGGAUGGACAUUG